CGAUCGAUCGCGGAUGAUUUUCUUCUCUCUUGUCUCACAUUCCCUGACAAGAAGUGCCAAACAAGAAAAGUUGUCUCCUUGGCAGAAAAAAAAUUCGAAAGCCGCAUAGCAACACAAGUUGAUGAGAUACAAAUUCUCACGGGAAGUUUUGUGAUUUACUAUCUUAUUUUGAUCAUUAAGUAUUGACGUGAGAACGUUUUUUUUUGGUGGAAUAUUUAGUGGAUUUUCUCGUGCCACAGUUUGGAUUAGUGGACAAAAUCCUGAAGAGAGAGAGAGAGAGAAAGUUUGAUCAAUCAAGGAUCAAAGCUGUGAAGCUGUGAGGAUCAGCAUUGGAUCUCACCGUCGGCAACUGAGAGAGUCGCAGCAGAAAUGAGAGAGAGAGUGAAAAAAUAAGGAGUGUUUCUUGAAUUGUUUCUAUAUGUAAAUUAUAAGGACUGGACACUGGCUCAAUCCGUGAGCAUGAUCUAUACAUGCGCUUAUCGUUACACUUGGAACCGUGAAAUUGUCUUCAAUUCACAAAAAUUGGUGAAAAGACGACCAAAACAGUAAGAAAAAACGAUACUGUUGAACUUUUUUUUAUUGUCUAAGAGGAGUAAAAAACAUAUAUAAUAAUAUCUACUAAAUAAUAAUAAAGAAAGAAAAAACAUCUAAAAAACCGCAACAGUUGCAGAAGGAAGAAUAAUAACAAAGGAAAAUCCCAAUAACAUACACUUACUUAAGGAAAUAAAUACGAAAGAAAACUAACUCUAAAGAAUAUUAGUAAAAGAGAAAAGCAGUAAAUAAGGAAAUAACUAUUAUUUGCCAUAAAACAACGUUCCACUCAAAGGGAUUUAAAAGUAAGGAAGAAAUAGUUAAAGAGGGAAUAAAAUACCAAUAAAAAAAACAAUUCCAAUAAUUCUGUGUCUGUUGAUUUGAUAAAAAUUUGAAAAAUAAUAAUAUAUUUUUUUCUGAAAAAUAUCUGUGUUAAAGCAUAAAUCUCAAGUGAUUUUUUUCUUUAGUUUUGAUAAAUGAACGUUCAUUGCCAUAAUUUAAUGUACAAGUAAAAUAUAUGAAUUUUUGUUGUAAUUGUUGAUCAAUAAGAAAAGCACGGUUUCCAAGGUAAAAAUAGAAAAAGAAGAAGAGAUAAGUAACGAUAAAUAAUUCACUCUCUCGGCUGUGGGUGUGUGUGAGCGAGUGACAAAUACACACAUACACACGUGCAAAUUGCAAAAGGAAAAACACACCUUUGAGGAGGUGUAACGAGAAAUUGCGCGGGAAAUCUUAGGGAUAAAUAAGAGGUGUUUGUAGGCGAAAAAGCUACACUCAUGAGUACCUACAUGAUAUCAACGUAUGAACAAUGGCUCAACGAGAAGAUGGUGAUGCCGAGCAUAGAUGAAUAUCCGCCGCCGCCGCUCGAGCCGAUCGCCGUGAAGAAGCAGGACACGCAAGAGCUUCUUCAGGAGUUUGAAAUUGUCUACGAUGCCGUGGAAUUGACGCACUUGACGCCACCGCAAACGCCGCCGCAGACGUCGCCGCAGAGAUUGACGAUCGCCGAGGCUGCACAAUGCAUUGAUCAGACUUUCAUCUAUCAAGAGCCAGUGCUGUAUGAGACUUCCUCCAGCGCGCAAUCCUUCUACACAUUGCCUGAGCAGCAGUCGCAGAAGUGGGACAAGUGCGAGAAUGCGCUGCAGUACACGCUGUCGCCGUUUGCUGCUGCUGGCCAGGAACAGCAGGCAGUUGUGGAUGGGGACUUGAUUGAGAUCGUGCAGUCGCCGAUGCCCGAGGACAUUGACCAUGAGAUGAAGCUGGUGGAUGAGCUGGUGCGCAGCAGAGCGCAAGACUUGCCGGAUUGGACGGAUGAUGAUGACAACAGUUCGGAGUUUAUGUCGACACCGGCGAGUCUCUCACCGCGCAGCGAAGCGUCCUUCAGUGCUUCCAGCUACUCGCACGACGAGGAUUGGGUGCCGGAGACGCGUGUGAAGGCAUCCAAGGUGGCAGGAUUGGGCGGUGGUGCGAUCUUGGGUGGUGGCGGCGUGACGAAGAAGCGCACACGACCGUAUGCGCGCGGCUCGGAGGACAAGAAGUCGAGGAAGAAGGAGCAGAACAAGAAUGCGGCCACGCGGUACAGGAAGAAGAAGAAGCAGGAGAUCGAGGAGGUGCUGGAGGAGGAGCGCGGUCUGCAGCAGGAGCAUGAGAAGCUGAGAGUCGAGGCGGCGGACUUGAAGCGUGAAAUUAAGUACCUGAAAGGUCUCAUGCGCGAGGUGUACAAGGCGAAGGGUCUGCUGGACUAGAAAGAGAGCGAGAGCGAGAAAGGCGCGAAUCGGGUCUAAAGUUGAGCCCCAAUUUAUCUUUAAUGUUCUAACUUUUUUCUUUGAAUUACUUUGCAAAAGUAACUUUUCUACUUUAUGUUCUUUUUUUUUAGUAAUAUGAUUUUUAUUUUGCACUACUGUUUAAAUACUAAGGAUAACUAAUAAUUCUCUAGUGAGUAGUUGGGCGUUUAAGUGUUAAGUCAGAUGAGAGAAGAUGAAGUUGAGAGGAAAUUAAUGUUUACACAUAUACAAAUUAAGGAUAAAUAUAGCAUUAAAAUACUUUGUAGAAAUCACAUUAUGAAUAGAAAUUUGCGUUCAUCGCAUUUUAUUAGUUUAUUUGUAGCAAAAUAAUGUCAGAAAAUACUUCUUUACUAUUGGAGAAAGAAAAAAGGUGUAAAAUGAGUUUGUAGUUCUUCGUUGUCUUCUUGAGGACACUAACUUUUCUUUUUAUAUUGUAGAAAUUGUCCUUGUAUUCCCUUCAAUUCCCUUUGUAAAUUUUACCUCUGAAGAUGCAUCAAUUUCUCUCCCAAAGACAUUUAUUUUGCUUGUGACGUUAAAUCAACUGAAGUUUUUCUUAAGGUGUCUUUUGAGGAUUAGACAAAUUGAUGGUCAAAAUGAGGGGAGCAAAAAGAAAAACUUACACCGAAAUUGCAUUUUUCUGUUAAACCUCUAAGAAGCAAAGAAAAUGAGAAAAAGUGACACGAUUGAAAAAAAUUAUUCUCCACUGAUUCAGAAAAAUAGCAUAAAUUGAAUAUAUUUGUUUAAGAACUCUCUUGCACAGAAAGAGAAAGAAAAAGAGAGAGAUGGAAUAUAAGAUUCUUUUGUAUACCAAUUCUUAUUUGUUUAGUGCUUUGCACAAUUGGUGCAAUUUUAAUUCUUGGCUACAUUGCAACUGACAUUGUGUAAUAAAUUUGUGUACACCUUGAUUCUUGUCUGGAUUUCAAGUAAAAAUAUAUAAUAAAGGGUUACAUAUGGAAAAAAA